CGGGGGCCGCGGCCCGACAAUCCAGAGUCUUUGGGGCCUGUGGGGCGCUGGGCAGCCGGGAGUCUGCGCCGGCCGGGCCGGGAUGAGCAAUGGCAUCAGUCAAGGUGGCCGUGAGGGUCCGGCCCAUGAAUCGCAGGGAAAAGGACUUGGAAGCCAAAUUCAUUAUUCAAAUGGAGAAAAGCAAAACAACAAUCACAAACUUAAAGAUACCAGAAGGAGGAACUGGGGACUCAGGAAGAGAACGAACCAAGACCUUCACCUAUGAUUUUUCUUUUUAUUCUGCUGAUGCAAAAAGUCCAGAUUAUGUUUCGCAAGAAAUGGUUUUCAAAACCCUCGGCACAGAUGUUGUGAAAUCUGCAUUUGAAGGUUAUAAUGCUUGUGUCUUUGCAUAUGGGCAAACUGGAUCGGGAAAGUCAUACACUAUGAUGGGAAAUUCUGGUGAUUCAGGCUUAAUACCUCGGAUCUGUGAAGGACUCUUCAGUCAGAUUAAUGAAACCACUAAAUGGGAUGAAGCAUCUUUUCGAACUGAAGUCAGCUAUUUAGAAAUUUAUAAUGAACGAGUGAGAGAUCUACUUAGACGGAAGUCAUCAAAAACCUUCAAUUUAAGAGUACGUGAGCAUCCAAAAGAAGGACCUUACGUUGAGGAUUUAUCAAAACAUUUAGUACAGAAUUAUGGUGAUGUAGAAGAACUUAUGGAUGCAGGAAAUAUCAAUCGUACCACAGCAGCAACUGGGAUGAACGAUGUCAGUAGCAGGUCUCAUGCCAUCUUCACCAUCAAGUUCACUCAGGCAAAAUUUGAUUCUGAAAUGCCCUGUGAAACUGUGAGUAAGAUCCACUUAGUCGAUCUUGCUGGAAGUGAGCGUGCAGAUGCCACUGGUGCCACUGGGGUCAGACUCAAGGAAGGGGGGAAUAUUAACAAAUCCCUCGUGACUCUGGGAAAUGUCAUUUCUGCCUUAGCUGAUUUAUCUCAGGAUGCAGCAAACCCUCUUGUAAAGAAGAAGCAAGUUUUUGUGCCUUACAGGGAUUCUGUUUUGACUUGGUUGUUAAAAGAUAGCCUUGGAGGAAACUCUAAAACUAUCAUGAUUGCCACCAUUUCCCCUGCUGAUGUCAAUUACGGAGAAACCCUAAGUACGCUUCGCUAUGCAAAUAGAGCCAAAAACAUCAUCAACAAGCCUACCAUUAAUGAGGAUGCCAACGUCAAACUCAUCCGUGAGCUGCGAGCAGAAAUAGCCAGACUGAAAACACUGCUUGCUCAAGGAAAUCAGAUUGCCCUCUUAGACUCCCCCACAGCCCUAAGUAUGGAGGAAAAACUUCAGCAGAAUGAAGCAAGAGUUCAAGAAUUGACCAAGGAAUGGACAAACAAAUGGAAUGAAACACAAAAUAUAUUGAAAGAACAAACUCUAGCACUCAGGAAAGAAGGAAUUGGGGUUGUUUUGGAUUCUGAACUGCCGCAUCUGAUUGGCAUUGAUGAUGACCUUCUGAGUACUGGAAUCAUCUUAUAUCACUUAAAGGAAGGUCAGACAUAUGUUGGUAGAGAAGAUGCUUCAACAGAACAAGAUAUUGUUCUUCAUGGUCUUGACUUGGAGAGUGAACAUUGUAUCUUUGAAAAUGUUGGGGGAACUGUGACUCUUAUACCCCUGAGUGGGUCUCAAUGCUCCGUGAAUGGGGUUCAGAUCAUGGAGGCCACACAUCUAAAUCAAGGUGCCGUGAUACUCUUGGGAAGAACCAAUAUGUUCCGCUUUAACCACCCAAAGGAAGCAGCCAAACUCAGGGAGAAAAGGAAGAGUGGCCUUCUGUCUUCCUUCAGCCUGUCCAUGACUGACCUCUCGAAGUCUUGUGAGAACCUUUCCGCGGUCAUGCUAUAUAACCCUGGUCUUUUCCCUAUAAAAGGACCCAUCUGUCUAAGACUUGAAUUUGAGCGGCAACAGCGAGAAGAAUUAGAAAAAUUGGAAAGUAAAAGGAAACUCAUAGAAGAAAUGGAGGAAAAGCAAAAAUCCGAUAAAGCAGAACUGGAACGGAUGCAGCAAGAGGUUGAGACACAGCGCAAGGAGACAGAGAUCGUACAGCGCCAGAUCCGCAAGCGGGAGGAGAGUCUCCAGCGCCGCAGUUUCCACAUAGAGAGCAAGCUGAAGGACCUGCUCGCAGAAAAAGAAAAGUUUGAAGAAGAAAGGCUGAGGGAGCAGCAUGAAAUUGAGCUGCAGAAGAAGAAGCAAGAAGAAGAGAGCUUUCUCCGAGUUAAAGAAGAACUCCAGCGGCUCCAAGAACUCAACCACAAUGAGAAGGCCGAGAAGAUUCAGAUAUUUCAAGAACUGGACCUUCUCAAAAGGGAAAAGGAAGAGCAGUAUGCCAAACUCGAAUUGGAAAAAAAGAGACUGGAGGAGCAAGAAAAGGAGCAGGUCAUGCUUGUGGCCCAUCUGGAAGAGCAGCUUCGAGAGAAGCAGGAGAUGAUCCAUCUCCUCCGGCGUGGGGAAGUCCAGCGGGCAGAGGAGGAGAGGCGCGACCUGGAAGGCAUCAGGGAGUCCCUCCUGCGUGCCAAGGAGGCGCGGGUGGAGGGGGACGACAGUGGCGAGGAGUUAGAACGAGCACAGCUGCAUUUCCUAGAGUUUAAGAGAAGGCAGCUGAUCAAAUUAGCCAACUUGGAGAAGGAUCUGGUCGAGCAGAAGGACCUCCUGAAAAAGGAGGUCGAAGAAGAACAGGAAAUCCUGGAGCGUCUAAAGUCAGAAAACGAGGAAGAAUUCCAGUUGUUGGGAAAGAGUGAUGAGAGUGUCACAAAUGUUACCUUGGCGGCGCAAGAUUUAGAGAAAAUAAAGCCAGCGGAGUACAGGCUGCAGUAUAAAGAGCGCCAGCUCCAAUACCUCCUGCAGAAUCACUUGCCGACAUUGUUAGAAGAAAAGCAGAGGGCCUUUGAAAUCCUGGACAGAGGUCCUCUCAGCUUAGACAACACCCUGUAUCAAGUAGAGAAAGAAAUGGAAGAAAAAGAAGAACAACUUGCGCAGUACCAGGCCAAUGCAAGUCAGCUGCAGAAGCUCCAAGCCACCUUUGAAUUCACUGCCAACAUUGCACGUCAGGAAGAAAAAGUGAGGAAAAAGGAAAAGGAGAUUCUGGAAUCGCGGGAGAAGCAGCAGAGAGAGGCACUGGAGCGUGCCGUCGCCAGGCUGGAGAGGAGGCACUCCGCGCUGCAGCGGCGCUCUACCCUGGGCCUGGAGAUAGAGGAGCAGAGGCAGAAGCUGGCCUCUCUGAACAGCAGCAGCAGUGAGCAGUCAGGGCUGCGAGCCAGCCUGGAAGCUGAGCAGGAGGCCCUGGAGAAGGACCAGGAAAGGUUAGAACAUGAAAUUCAACAAUUGAAACAGAAGAUCUGUGAGGUUGAUAGUGUUUACACAGGACAUCAUGGAAGCUUGGAAGGGAAGGCUACUUCUUCCAGCUUGCCAUCCAGUGCUGAAAAAUCUCAUCUGUUCCCUCUGAUGGAUGCUAGGAUCAGUGCUUACAUUGAAGAGGAAGUUCAAAGGCGGCUUCAGGAUUUGCAUCGUGUGAUUGGCGAUGACACUAAUACAUCAGCAGAUGUGACAAAGGAUAAUGAGAAACUUCACAAUGGUACCAUUCAACGUAAGCUAAAAUAUGAGCGGAUGGUUUCUCGCUCUUUGGGAGCAAAUCCAGAUGAUCUGAAGGACCCAAUUAAAAUUAGUAUUCCACGCUACGUUCUCUGCGGGCAAGGAAAGGAUGAACACUUCGAGUUUGAGGUCAAGAUCACUGUCUUAGACGAGACAUGGACAGUAUUCAGGCGUUACAGUCGUUUUCGAGAAAUGCAUAAGACACUGAAGUUGAAGUAUGCAGAGCUUGCUUCCCUUGAAUUUCCUCCAAAGAAGCUGUUCGGAAACAAGGAUGAACGUGUGAUUGCUGAGAGGCGAAGUCACUUAGAGAAAUACCUCAAAGACUUUUUCAGUGUGAUGCUCCAAUCUGUGACGUCUCCCCUUCACAUCAACAAAGUGGGGCUGACCCUUUCAAAACACACCAUUUGUGAGUUCUCACCGUUCUUCAAGAAAGGAGUCUUUGACUACAGCAGCCAUGGGACAGGAUAGAGCUGGAGGUGACAGAAGAACUACCAAUGCAGUGCCUUCUCGUCGAAGUUGGCCUCUGAUACAAGACACACUCCCAGGCGAGGGUUGGGGUCUGCCCCCUCUUGCUGCAGGCCGACACAAGCAGCCUUCCAGGACCACCUCACCAGUUCAUACCUAGUGCCUGAGUUUGGGAUUGGGAUGCUUGGCUUGCUGAUGGCGACCUUAAUGGGCAACUCUUACUGUUCCAUUGCAGUUGAAUGUGGCCUUUUUCCCAUAGUGCUUCCUUCCUAUUGCACAGUGGCGUCUGUCCCCUGUGGCAAGAUGGAUGUGGCUGGAUUGUCUUGGGCUCGCUAAGCCAAGCCAACCUGGGACCUCCCAAAGUGGGAGACUUACCAGACCUCCCUUAAAUGACUUUCAUCUGGUUUCCUCACACCAGAAUGCACUCUUAUCUUGUAUAUCCCUUCCUUGCGGCUGGCUAUAUCCCAAGAAAAGCAUUAUAAAUUAUUUGAUUGUAUUUUUUUCUUUUCCUAUCCUUUGAAUCAGAACUUUGUAUAAUACCUAAAAACUGAUGUUUACACAGAAUUUCACAUUCUGCAAAAGGGAAUUUCUGUUCAAUCAUGACCGAAGUCCUCCAUGCUUGACAAAUUGGAUGUACAUAACAUCACGAAAACUUCUGUAAAUUCAUACAAAUAGAGUAUUUGUUUAAUUUUGAACAUUUAAGAAAAUUUUCCCAAAUAUAAAAGGCUACUGUACAUUCUCACGCUUUUACUGCUAAGCACAAAAUGGACAUAUAACUGAAUGCAUAUUUUUAAACAUUAUUUUAUUCACAUUUUUGUUAUGGAAUCUACUGGGCCUUUAGCUGAGGGGCCAGAAUUUACAGUAGUUUAGUAAUGAUCCCUUAAAUUACUCAGGACUUACUGUCGCAUUGCACAUCUAUCUAUAGUAAAGCUGCUUUGUUUUACUAAAUACAAAAAUAUGUGAAGUAUAUAUUGAAAUGUAUAUAAUUCUACCUAUAGAUUUAUAUAUAUAUACACACACAUCUGUAUAAUAGUUGUAUCAAAAUAUAUGAUCAUUCACACCAAAUUUAUUAAAGGUACUUGCUUUUUCAAAAUUUAAGUUCAGCUGUUAAUAUUAAAUGAACUUAUGGAAUCUACCCUGUAGCUCAGUUUAAUUUUGUGACAUUGUACCUACUGGUCUCUUUAAAAAUUUAUCUAAUGUGCUUGGAAAGAUACAUAAUGUAUAAUUCAGCAUUUGUGUUGACAAGAUGCAGUUAUAAUAAUGACUGAAGUCACAAAUGAAUGGGUAACAAAACCUGUUUGCAUUCACUUUCUAGAAUAUGCUUGCACAACAAAACCUGAAGCUGAAAAAUCCACUGAAAGAGGCAAUUAUCUUGAUAAGGGGUGGGAACUAUUUUCACACUAAUUAGAUAUCAUAGGUUUGCAUGAAAAAAAAAAAGAGGAUUUUUUUUUUCCCUUGUUUACUAUAGGAAGACUUGCUUCUAUCUACAGUUGUGAUUACAGUCAUAGAUUUAGGUGAAAUUACUACUGGAGAAUUUAGACCUAGAGAUUAAAGGAUAAAAACUGGGAAAUAUUGAUUAGCCAUAGGUCAUUUGCUUAAAAGGAAUCUAAGCGCUGUAGAUUGUCCCUUGUUUGCUGAAUAAACUAAAUGAUUUUCUUCAACUGAGCAGAAAAUGAAUCCCCUGCCCUUUUGCCUGUGAGAACAGACUCUUAGCAAGGGUCUCACUACACUCUCACAGUGCACAGUCAUAGUUGGCAGGGAUACACGUAUUUGUAAGAAGAGCAGGACUCCUAAGCUCCUUUGAUUCUAGUAUUCAUCUUAAGUAAUUCGUUUGGAGAUCACAUGCAGACCUGAGUCAUUUCACCUCCCUUAGGCUCAGUUCUUCACAUCUGAAAAUGAAGCCGUCGCAAGAAUGUCUCUAGAUUCCAUUCAAGCCCAAGGUUACGAGCGGAGGAAUAAGCCAUUUAAGUGGACCAGCCGUGGUCCUGGUGUGUGGGUGGGUGUCACCUUACCAACUCCUAGUUGUAUUCAAAGACAACUUGAUUUGAAUAAGACACAGACACGGGGAAGUGUUGAAAAGCCAAUGAAAUCUCAUCUAAACAAAUAAUAGAAUUCCUUUCUGGAAUGAAGAUGGCUGAUGGUGACAAAACUAGAACUUCACUUUGUUAAUUGGCAACAAUUCAAAGGAAUAAAAGAAACCUGGCAUGUACACAUUUUUUUGCUUUCAAGUGCAUCAAGUAACGAAGAGAUGCUCAUCUGAUCCCAUUUGAUACAGUUCAAGUUGAGGCACUAUCAACUUACAAAAUAUUCUGUAGGCAGGUGGACAACUUUAAAGAACUGAAACAAAAUUCUUGGGGUAACUUUAGCAUUCCCUCUUACAUCUUAUACAGGAAAGGAUGUGCUUCAAAAUUGCUUAAAAUCCCAGGUAGCCUAGGAACUUUCAGCCUGUCACCUUCAGGCAUUGCUUCUUCUGAAUUAGAAAGAUUCAGUCAACCCUAUGAUUGAUAUAGGCAUGUGACCAAGUUUUGUGCUGGCUCCCUGGUGACAGACAUUUAGAAGAUUCUCGGGCCCAUAAAGUGAAGAUGUUUUGGAGAUACUUGAACAGGGCAGUCUGGCCCCAGAACCACUUAUAGUUGAUUGCAGAAAGCCAGUCUGCUCAGUUUGGCUUCUGACAACCCACUCCAGGCUCAAGACAGGUUUGUUUUUUGUAGCCUGGGCAGAAGCUGUACAGCUUAAAGCAUCCAUGAACUGAAGUUUAACAGCUGCAGAGGGAAUGCAGGUAACAAUUCAAGCCUGACAUAGGCGAGAAUUUUCACCAAUGUUCUGCUUUCCCAACAGGAGUGUUGGAAAGAUGUUUUUAAAUACAAUCUCUUUACAGUUGCUUAAAAUGAUGUGUUUAGGUGUGGUGAGUUAAGUUCAACAUGUCUGCCACUCAAGGCCUUUGUUUCCCAUAAUCCUAUACACCUUCAGGUUCAGGUCAGCUUUUGUUACUGGAAAGAUCUGUUUGUUUGGUUUUUCUUCUUUUCAUUUUGAAUAAGGAAAUUUGAGUAAAAUAGCUCCCUGGUAUAGACAGCUGCUUCCAUUUUAAUUAUCAUGACAGGUGCUUUACAUUUGGGGAAAACUAAAGACCAUUAAUUUAUGAAAACUCAUUCUUGAGAAAUUAAACUUCCUUAAGGCAGGGUUCUUGCCAUGUUCAAGAAGAGGACUUUGUUAGUAAUAAAAAAAAAAAUUGUUUAGAGUGCCUGUUCUGAUAUGAAAAAAAAAAAAUGAUCUUGUGUUGUUUGAAUUUUGAAUUAUUUGUGGAAUUUUUCCACGCUUUUCCCAAGCAAAUAUGUACUUUUUCCUUCUUUUUCUAACAUAUAUUUCAAAUCGGUCAGCAGUACCUGGGAGUUAGUGAGGUCACAUUGGCUGGGCUGUUUCCUCAUAAUGCUUGUUUAUUUGGGAACCCAGUAGACUCCUGUUAUAUUUUAAAAUGAUGGGAGGAACAAAAAUGUUCACUGCAGUGAGGGGUUCGAGGAUCUGAGUUUGUCUUUAUUUCCUGCCAGUAGUAUCCUUGUACACUUCUGACUAUGAAAUUCUGGACAUUAACCUCCGGCACCGUCUCUUAAGAUUACCCUGUGCCAUUCUAGAAGGUUCUCCCUUGUCUGCAUCUCUUGCAAAAUGACUAAAUAUAAAAUAUCCUUCUUUGACUAUACUCAUUUUUUAUCCCUUUAUUUGAAAAGGA